AUGGUCAGGUUGAAGUACCCUCACGGGUUCCAACCAAUAACGAAAAAGCUCAAAGAAGGCCAAGUUAUUGAGCGCUUAAAGGCAUUAUGCGAUUCGACUCGUAGAGUUUUAGACGAGAAAACCCUUUCUGAGUGUCAAGACUCAAAAGAAACCACUGAGGAGAUAGGUUUAUAUCAAAAUUUAUUGGAGCAUCUGACAUCGCUAGACGUAUUUGAAAAUCCUAGUUCAGAUGAAGUUUCUAUCUUAUUAGCUUGCUGUAUCGCGAAUAUCUUUGGAAUCAUUUCUCCAGAUGUUCCACUUAAGGACCCUGCUGUACUGAAGUGCAUUGCUGCUUUCAACAUAUUUGAUCUUGCAUUGGAACUAACAGGUGAUGAUACUUCGUCAAUUCUUAAAGAACUUAUAAAAAAUGGCUUUAAUGCGGUUAAAGAAAAGCCGGAGGAUGAUAGCAGACACGUACAAAGUAUGAUUAUUGCGCAGUGUUCCCAACUACUUCAGCGAAUUGACCAAAUUUCGAAUCCCAUCAUUGAUGCAAUUUUUUAUUUCUUAGUACCUCCGCAAAAGGUUAGUUUUCAAUAG